AUGAGGACUGUGGGAACAAUUGUUAAUGAGAUGGGAAUUGACCGAUGCACAAGGAAAGUUUUUAAAAGGAUACACAACGAAAAGUGGAAAACACAUUUAGUACAUAUAAAGAAGACACCUUGCAGCAGCUGUGAGAUUUGCAACAAGGAUUUCACUGAGCAAAGUUAUCUAGUAAGGCACAUAAGAGUACAUAUAAAGGAAAAGCGAUACAGCUGUGAGCUUUGCAACAAAAUCUUCGCCAAGAAAUGUCUAAUAAGGCGCAGAAGAGUCCAUACAAAUGAGAAGCCAUACAGCUGUAAGAUUUGCAGCAAGGCCUUCUCUCAGACAAGUCAUGUAGUAGGGCACAUGAGAGCAAUCAGAGUAGAAGACUAUAAUGCCAUGUCAUCUGCACAGUCCAGGUAA